AUGACUGCCGCCACUCGCGCAGCCGAGCUUCACAAGUUCUUCAACAAUUUCAAGUUACUCGGCAAUAAUGCUUUGGAGGGGAUAUUCUUCGAGAACGCUCGCCGCGUCAGCACGCCUCUUGCCACCAUUAUGCUAAGCCAGAUGGGUUUGACUGAAGCCACCGAGACCCCUUUCAAAGUCUUCGAGAACGCUUGCGGCGUGGGCGUCGUUGCGCCUAUCCUGCAACACAUCACGAAGCCCGACGUGCUGAAGAAGAGCAGUAUUUUAUGUGGGGACUUCUCGGAGCAGUUCACUGAGCUGGCAAAGAGGACGGUUGGGAAACUGGAGGGUUGGGAGAAAACCGAGGCGAGACGGGUUGAUGCCCAGAAAACUGGUCUUGAAGACGGCGCCUUCACUCACGUCGCAACAAACAUCGGAUUUCACGUCGUCCCCGAUUCUGAGGCUGCCCUAGACGUCGCAGAGGCAAUCCGUAUCUUGCAACCGGGGGGUGUCCUCGGCUUUACCACUUGGCACCUGGAGGCCGGUUGGAUCACUCUGAUGAGGGAAGCCUUCAACACGUUUCCGUUUGAAGCGCCGCUGGUGAUGCCGAUGCAAGUUACCCGCUGGGGUAGUUGGUAUGAUGUGAACUGGAUCCGCAAAACCCUCGAGAAGAAAGGUCUAGAGGACGUGAAGGUGAACGUGACCGCAUUCCUCACUCACGUGGACGGCGUCGACGCCUUCAUCAAACACUUCGACAUGAUGCUCGAUGUAGUCAUGGCGGGUAGUUGGUCUGAGGAGCUAAGAAAAGAGCACCCGAAGGAAGAGGUGAAGAAAUUGAUGAAGGAGUAUCUCGAGAAGAGAUUUGGGGGCGACGGGUGGGAUCUCAGCUGGGUUGCUGCUAUCGCGACUGCCCGGGUGCCAUCCGGUGCGCGGGGUUGA